UAAACAAAAAAUCAUCGAACGAGUCGGACGUGCGCGCUGCUGGAUGCUGGCGGUCUUUUUCGCGUUCCGUUUUUUUUGGAGUAAACAAACACACAAACAAUAUUGUUAACACAAUUUUGUCUGUUCUAUUGUGCGGAAAUCGAGUUAGUGAGAGGGGAAAUAAAUAGAAACCGCAAGCAAAAGCAACAAGCUUGUGGGAAGAGGAAAAUGAAAGGGGAAAUUGUCAGUGUGUGUGUGUUAGUGAAAUAUGGAAAUUGAAAAUGCAAUUAAUCGCGAAUUAAUGGCAAGCCAUAGAAAUCGCUCAAUGGUUUAAAGUGCAAGAGAAAAUUGUGGUUUUUGCUAUUGUUGUCAACGCGGAAGCCAAAAGUCUGUCGUUAAAAAUAUACGUGUAUUUAUUUUCGCUUUGCAAAAACAAUAAGCCUUACAGCAGAGUGCUGAAAUAGUCAAUUUACAAUUGGAGCUGCCGAGAAGUCUAUACAUAAAACAUAAACAUUUUGGUGUUUUUCCUAUUAAAAUGGAGGCAAAAAUUUCAGAAACAUAACAAAAUAAAUAAAUCGUGCAAAUUGCUAAAAAUAAAAAUGAAAAAACAAGAAAAAACAGAACAGCAUUAACUCAAGCUUAAAGUUGGAAACAUACAUAAAUUGUAUAUGCGAUUUUAAGGCCCAGUCGAACGUGGAAUUAUCUUGACCCACAGAAACGCAGCAAAGGAGAGAGAGGGAUAUACGGCAGUAGAACGAGAGGGAGCGACAUACGAUGCGUUUGGUUGGGUGGCUUAGUGGUGGCUUAUUGCUCGCCCUGGCCGUAAUGUCAACGCAGGCACGUUUCAUUGCGAAAAGAGAAACCACUGGCUUGGCGCAGGCAGUGGCUUCCAAUUCUACUGACCAUGACAUUGUUGCGACGGCCAGGGAAAGUGCGAUCGGCAGGGAACCGUCUGAAAUAAUGGGAGUAUCAGAAUUGGUUAGUACACAAACCGGACUUAAGGAUCAGGAGAGUGGAAUAAAGACUGAGACUCAAACUGAAACCCAAACGGAAAGUCUGAAAGAAAUCCCAAAAGUCGAGGAAACCACUGAGGCUACAGUUCAAAAUAAACCAUCCAGUACUGAUAACAUUAUGGGAAAAGAAACACCCAAACGGAAAGGGGUUGAAGCCACGGAAUCUCAGUUAAAACAAGAUUCUCUAUCUGAAUCGGGAAAGGAGCUUAAGAAUGAAAAAGCCUUUGCAGAUACUGUUAACAAAGCUACUACGGUUCAGCUGGAGAAAAAUUUAACCGAUCUGACUCAUAAAGCAGCUACAGCCACUUCUGUACAAGAACACAUUUUAGAAAAAACUACUGAACCUGAACCUCUAAGUGAGAAAUCGAAGGUAAAGGAAAUAGAAGUAAAGGAACCACUUCCAAAAGUUGUAUCACAAGCUCAGUCUGAAAUCAAGGAGAAAAUCACAGAGGCUGAGGAAACCGAAAAUCCAAAAAACACCACCGAGAUCAUCCCUGCAAAUCCUGCAACUCAACAAGUUUCAAACACCACCGAGAGAGUAGUUAAUACCACAACCACUCGUUCUUCCGAUCAUGGCCGAUCCAUGCAGUAUUUAUCAACCACUGAAGAUUCGAUUCGAUCCCCAAGCGCAGUGACACCCAUGAAACUACGGGCCUUACCCAUGACCUCUACACCUGCCAGCACCACUUCAACCACUCCUCGCUCAACAACUACGCCAACUUCCUUUGCAUCCAAUGAGAAUGCAAUCGAGGAGUCAACUUCGCAGUCAGAGAUUCGUCAAUUACCGGAGAAGCGAGCCAAGUUUAUAAGCGAAAACUCCACAAAUGCCCAGCAACUAACGCUACCAAACACCGCUGAAGUUUGGAGCCUGGCGGGGAUGAAGGCGGUACCCAAAGCACCGCUUACAACCACCACUGUCUUGCCACUAUUUAACCACACUGAUCUGGCAAACGAUAUAGACAUACCCCAUAAUAGAACAGAGCAUCACAAGGAGAAGAAUCUACUGGAUUGGCAGCAGAUUGCCAUGAUGCAAUCGACGCCGGAGAACCGCACCGAAUUUGUGGUCAGAACCACUCUAGAUGCCACCGAGGGUGCCACUCAGGCCACUACCGAAGCUUUGGCAGAGGAAAGUAAAACAGAAACCGCACGAUUGGAGCAAAAUGAAGUCACAACUGCAAAGACAAUACCUGUGACAUCUGAUGCCAGUUCUAUUGAUCAGAACGUAACAACCACAACAGCUCGAACGGAGCUAUUGGAUGUUCCCCUGGUCAAAAAGAUGUCCGAUGCAGCUAGUGCCAAGUUAACCGAGGCUAUUACAGAGGCUCAAACAGAGUCAGAGGUAGAAAAAGAGGCUGCAACAUCAGUAACAUUACCCGAGCAACAAGCAACAUCGGCUGUAACAGCGAGGGUGGAUUUAAUAAAAACGGAACUGUUGAAUGUAACAGAAAUUGCAGCGGAAUCUAAGCCGAAUUUAACAGAAACUGUAUCAUCUGCAACAAUCACAAGUACAACAUCAGGAGUACCAUUACCUGUUCAGCAUGUAUCCUCUAAAUUAGACUUAGAAGAAGCCACAACAGUAGCAACAACAAAUACAAUUACAACAACAGCAGCAGCAGCAAUAUCAUCGACAACGUCAGCAACAGUCGUGGCUCCAGAGGCAACCACAGCAGCGACCAUCAAUGCAGAUACAAAAGCAACAUCUGAAAGUACGACAACUGCAACACUAUCAGCAACAUCAACUGUAAGUGCUCCGAAUGUGGUAACAACCCCCAGUACUACUGAAAUGGCAAUGAAAGCGGCUGAAAUCAGCAACAUCAACAGCAGCGACGACGACGUUGAUAAUAACAGUAACGACGUCAUCGUUGCCACAACCAAAAAUCCAGAGAGCGACCCGCCGGCAACAGCAACCGACGAGCUAACAGCAACAUCGGUUAGUGUGCGAGUGGCUGGCGAGGUGAGCACAUCGAUUCGGCCAGAAAUCAUCGUUACAAGUGCGCGGAACAGUACAAUCGCGGGUACAAGUACGUCGACGACAACAACUGUAGCUACACCCACGCAAACGGAAAUUGCGCAAAUUAGCAAUGAAGUGAAUUUGGAGGCAGUGACAGUGAAGACGCGCGACAGUUUGAGCAAUGCGAAUGAGCUAAGAACAGCUGAGAAAACCGAUAACGCGGUCAAUAACAGUGUGGCCAUAACAGAAAGCGAGCUGGGGGCUUUGGCCACAACAGUGGAAACCACCCCUCCAACGACAACAACCAGCAGUCUGCUCAGUGACCUCAGUGAACUGAGCAACGAGCACGAAUCCUCGCUAGAAACCAACAACAUUGGUGAGGCGCCGCCAGAGUCGACGACAUCGGCAGCAGCAGCUGCUGUUGCUGUUGCAACGGAUGAGAGCACAGCGGCAACAGGUGGCCAGGAAAUCGUGAAGGAGUCGCACCAUCAUGAGGGACAACAGGUGGUCGACGAACAGGACACAGAGCAGCAGUUAGCCAAGACAACGAUGGCGGUGACAGUGACAACAACCAGCACUACUACAACAACCACAACGGUGGCACCCUUAACCACUACAACAAUGCAGCCGGUGGUGAUAAGUCUGCUGGACGACAGCACAACAACUAGCACCACAACAACAACAACAACAACGGCGGCACCACCCACGGAGGAAUAUGUUGAAUCAUCCACCAGCACCACCAGCAGCAGCAUCAUGCUGCCAGAGACCACCACCACCACCACCACCCAAUCCCCCCAAAUGCCACCCAACUUGUUGGGCCCCUAUCCCAACGAACUGGAUCACAUGCAGACCAAUGCGCAGGGCAAUGGCACGGAUGUCAAUGUGAUCAUAGCCAUCACUGUCAGCGUGAUUGGGGUGGUGGCCCUCAUCCUGCUGGUGGCAUUCCUCUACUUGAUGCGCAAGCGCCAGAAGCAGAUGUCCUAUGGCCAAAGGUGCCGUCCGGUGAGCUUGGAUGCCUACUCCUUGGACAAUGUCUCGGUGCUGGGCAGCGUAAGGCGAAAGGGUCGCGAUGUGAGGGCCUCCAAGCGAACCUACGGCAACGCCGCCUUCGAUGACCCCUCGCUGCGGCACAACCUGCUGACCGCCGGCGAACUGGCCCGCUUUGUGGAGCGACGCUCCGACGUCUUCGAGGAGUUCCGGGACGUGCCACAGAUCAUCGCCAGGGCGGACGAGGUGCCGCCUGGCUGUGAGGACAAGAACCGCUACGCCAACGUGAUUCCGCUUCCUGAGACGCGGGUGGUGCUCCAGCGGCAAGGCGACGAUGACAAAACGGAAUACAUUAAUGCCAAUUAUGUGCGGGGCCCCCGAGAUGCGCCCAAUUACUACAUAGCCUGCCAGGCGCCGCUGGAGAGCACAACCACCGAUUUCUGGCGCAUGAUCUGGGAGCAGCAGUCGCGCGUGAUCAUUCAGGCGACGGAUCUCAGCGAGAAUGGGAUCGAGAAGUGCGCCGAGUACCUGCCACCCUCAGCUACGUUGGAUAACCACAGCAGCUACGGCGACUACCAGGUGACGCUGAAGCACCGCGAGGUAAAGGACCGGUACGCCAUCUCCACACUGAUCCUGAAGCGGGUGGACGGCGAGGAGAACCGCGAGCUGACCCACUACUGGUACAAGUGGCCGGAGGCGGGUGUGCCCGCCGAGGAGGCGCCCAUCAUCGCCAUGCUCCUGGAGGCGCGCUCCUCGCUCAAGACCUAUUGCCUGGAGCAGGCCAGCGAAUUGCGGGAGAAGACCGCCACGCUGGAGACCUCAAUGGAUGCGGACGGCAGCAAGGCCGAGGCGGGCAGCACAUCCAGCAACGAGAUUAAUGGAAACAUUUCCAGCCGGAGUGGUACUAGAAACCAGCAGGGACCGCUAACCGUUCACUGUUCUCCAGGCACGGGACGAACCGGUACCAUUAUCGCGUCGGACAUGGCCAUCCGCAGUCUGGAGACCCCUAAGCGGUCCGUGGACAUCCCACAGCUGGUCUACUAUGUACGACGGGGAAGGGCCAGUGCCGUGCAGACCAAGGAGCAGUAUGAAUUUAUCUACAAGGUGGCCAGCAUGUAUGCGGCCAAGAUCACAAAUCUGUCCAACGACAACUGAAGGCCUGUCCUUUGCGGGAGGCUCCCAUCGAGUGGAAACCGAAUUUGCGAUUGAGUCACCUUUCCAGCACUGAUCCGUGGGACCCUAAGAAACAAUAAUAGCUAUAUUUUAAACGAAAUAUUAGUGUAACUUAGUAUUACGCUUGAAUGUUGGCACCUUAUUGAGCGUCAUUAUUUGUCGGGCUUUAAAUAUCAUUUAAAUUGUAUGUAUUCCUUUAUUAUUGUGAUAUAAUCGUACAUUCGUAUAUCUCCUGGAUAAUCUGUUGCAUAUUUAUAAUGUCAAUUUUUGUUUUUGCACUGUCGCAUUCGAAUUCCGGGUGCCAUACUAUCCGGAACGAAUGUGAAAUAUUUGAAGCUCUCCGUAUUUUAAGAAAGUCAAACAUGUAAUCGAUCUAUGUAUGUAUCUAUUUUAAACGAGCUUUAAUGUACGUAAGUUAUUUGUAAGUAUACACCAAGCUGUUCUGUACUCAUAUUAUUGUGAAUUACAAGAAACCAUUUGUUCAGCAUUGA